UCAUGCACAGCAGAGAGCGCUGGGAGCCGGAGGGGAGCGCAGCGAGUCCUGGCCCGUGGUCGUGCAGUCCAGGGGGCUGGAUGGCAUGCUGGACCCAAGCUCAGCUCAGCGUCCGGGCCCAAUAACGGCUUUUUCAAGGGAGCAGCUUUCUGUCCUGGCCACACUGAGGUGCAUAGCGUAAUGUCCAUGUUGUCCUACACUCUGAUCACAGCUCUUUUGAUCGGCAUACAGGCAGAACCACACCCAGAGAGCAAUGUCCCAGCAGGACACGCCAUCCCCCAAGCCCACUGGACUAAGCUUCAGCAUUCCCUCGACACAGCCCUCCGCAGAGCCCGCAGCACCCCGGCCGGGGCAAUAGCCGCGAGGGUGGCAGGGCAGACCCGCAACAUCACUGUGGACCCCAAACUUUUUAAAAAGCGGCGACUGCGUUCACCCCGCGUGCUGUUCAGCACGCACCCCCCACCUGUGGCUGCAGAUACUCAGGGUCUGGACUUGGAGGCGGGUGGUGCUGCCUCCUUCAACAGGACUCACAGGAGCAAGCGGUCGUCGUCGCACCCUGUCUUCCACCGGGGGGAGUUCUCGGUGUGCGACAGUGUCAGCGUGUGGGUGGGGGACAAGACCACCGCCACGGACAUCAAGGGCAAGGAGGUGAUGGUGCUGGGAGAGGUGAACAUUAACAACAGUGUGUUCAAACAGUACUUUUUUGAGACCAAGUGCCGGGACCCCACUCCUGUGGACAGCGGGUGCAGGGGCAUCGACUCGAAGCACUGGAACUCAUACUGUACCACGACGCACACCUUCGUCAAGGCGCUGACCAUGGACGGCAAGCAGGCCGCCUGGCGGUUCAUCCGGAUCGACACGGCCUGUGUGUGUGUGCUCAGCAGGAAGGCUGGGAGAAGAGCCUGACCUGCAGGACAGCCCCCACCCUCCCCGAGCUCCCCCUCCACACCCUCCUGGGCCCCUCCCUACCUCAACCUGUAAAUUAUUUUAAAUUAUAAGGACUGCAUGGUAAUUUAUAGUUUAUACAGUUUUAAAAAAUCAUUAUUUAUUAAA